GAGAGAGAGAGAGAGAAAGCGCGCCCCUGGCUACUGAGCAUGCGCCGCGGGCUCCGGCCCUCCGGCUCGCCGUAGUUACUGUCCCAGAGGCCUGUGCGCGGCCGACGCGGCCUGAGGGGGGGGGAACCGGCAAUCACUAGUGGGUCAGAACCGAGCGGAGCCAUGGAGGGGCCUCCGGACCUGUUUGACACCAUCGUGAUGGCGGAGGAGAGGUAUCGAGGCGAGGGCUUUCGGGACGGCUUCGCCGAGGGCAGCUGCCUGGGGCUGGCGGAGGGAAGGUGCUGCGGAGCCUCGCGGGGCGCCUGCGUGGGCUCCGAGAUCGGCUGCUACCGAGGCUUCGCCCUGACAUGGCAGCGGCUGCUCCCGGAGCCGGCGACCGAGAGGGACAGUAAGAAGAGGAAGAUGCUGGACUCCCUCCUAGGAAUGAUGCAGAAAUUCCCGUAUGCUGACCCCACUUAUGCCCAGCUUCAUGAAGAUUUGGACAAAAUCAGAGGGAAGUUUAAACAGGUUUGCUCUUUGCUAAGUGUUCAGCCCGACUUCAGAGUCAGCCCUGGAGGCUCCACACUUUCAUUUUGAGCAGGAUGGGAGGACAGAAGUGUUCAAAGAACAGCUGUCUGUAUGUUACCUGUUUAAAAAUGAGAUUAAAGGCCAGACAAUGACUGGGUGCUCAUUGUCCUGAAGUGCUCUGAAAA